AUAGUCCUUUUGGCGGGGGAACAUACACCCUUUAGACAUGACACCGAUCGCGAGAUGCCAUUCAGACAGGAGUCCAACUUCUACUAUCUCUCAGGAUGCACCGUCCCUGCCUCCUUCCUCCUCCUCGUUUACCAGGCUUCGACAUCGCUUUCAAAGACCCCUGUCAUUGAUCUGUUUAUCCCAAAGGCAGAGUUGGCAGACAUGAUGUGGAGUGUACCCCCACCUUCGCUGGAAGUGGCUAAGCAGACGCAUGAGGUGACAAAGGUCGAUCACCCAACUGCUCUACCUGAAGCUAUUCAGGAUCUCGUAAAAGCGUUUCCAGAAGCACUGUUCCAUACUCUUCCCAGGAACUCGCCCCUUUUCCCAGAGCUUCCAGAGGAGUACACGUCUGCUGUAUUGUCUCCUAGUAAUCCAUCUGGCGCGGUGACCGAUGCGUAUCUCUUGUCAGCUCUCCAUCGCGCGAGGUUAACAAAGGAUGAGGAUGAGAUUCGGUACAUCAAACAUGCAAACGAGAUUAGCUCGCGUGCACAUGAGGUCGUCAUGAGAGUUCUAGGGAAAGCCAAAGAAGCUGAAGCAGAGGCUAUUUUUGUAGCGUCAUGCAGAAGGGAAGGGGCUGUACAUCAAGCUUAUUUGCCUAUAGUCGCUGCCUCGACAAGAGCUUCAACUUUGCACUACUGCUGCAACGAUCGUGAAUUUUCUUGGGGGCCUCUGAAUCCGCAGGUCUUGCUCAUUGACGCUGGAUGCGAAUGGAACUGUUAUGCUUCUGAUAUUACCAGGACUAUGCCUGUAGGCAAUGGUGGCAAGUUCACGCCCGAGGCAAAGGCUAUAUAUGAACUUGUACUUGAGAUGCAAAAACUUUCUAUGGACAUACUCCGCGCAGGCCUCCAUUGGGAUGCUGUUCAAUUACUGUGCCAUCGGACUCUCGUUAAGGGUUUCCAACGCCUCGGCAUCUUCAAGACGCCCAACUCAACCAACUCGGGUUCGUGGAAUGCCGAAGAGGCCAUCCUCGCCUCUGGCGUGAGCGCUGCAUUUUUUCCUCAUGGUGUAGGCCACUCUUUAGGCAUGGACGUACAUGAUGUGCCGAGCGCGAGUAAGCCAGCCGCAUUCUAUGCGUACUUGAGAUUGCGAUUGCCAUUAGAGGAGGGUAUGGUUGUGACUGUGGAGCCUGGGAUUUACUUCUCGCCCCAUUUGCUAGCCCCUGUGCGUGACUCGAAGCACAUCGAUCACGAGGUGCUCAAGAAGUACGAAAACGUCGGCGGAGUAAGGAUCGAAGAUGUUGUGUUGAUUACUAAGAAUGGGCAUGAAAACUUGACGACGGUGAGGAGCGAUGUAGAGUGGCUGGAGAAGGUUUGUUCAGGAGAAAUCUGA